GCCGUGCGGCAAACAGUGACAAAAUCAGCCCACCAAACUUGCCCACAAACCAGUGGGCCAGCUUUUCGUCUCCAUUUGCAAAGCAAUUCAGUCCGCUUUUGUACUUUCAGCAGGGAGUACCCGUGUGUGUUGGUGAUUGAAAGCGAUUUUUUCGCUCCCGUCCGGGUGUUCUUGUCGAAAGUGUUGUUUUCCGGAGACCACACUCCACGCGGUGAGAGGGCACUAACAGUCCUUUGGACGUGGAAGUGAAAAAGCCCCAACACUUCGUCCGGCCACUGUGCGGUGUGAUUAGCAUAGCUUUACCGUUCAGACAAAGGCAUUGGAAUAACCCUUCGAGCGAUACUUUACGACGAUGAAUAACCUGUGGUUCACCUUUACGGUCCUUUUGGCGCUGGCCGCGAUCGGCUCGUUUGCCGUCGACGCCAAGAAGAAGCUGUUGAACAACAAGUACGGCGACGGUGAUUUUGAGUUCAUCGACGAGGACGAUAAAAGCAAUCAGCAACAGCAACAACUUGAAUCUUCGGCAGCGAUGCAGUUGAAACAGGAUCAACAACAAAUGCUUACAGAGAAGAAGAAAUGGAUUCACGACCCAUCCAGCGACCUCUGCAAACCUCUCAACUGUAAGAAAAAAGAACUCUGUCUGCUGGAGGACGCGUACACGGCGGUUUGUGUUUCGAAGAAGGAACUUCAUAAGAACAAAUUCAUCAACAGCUAUAAUACGCUAGCGAACAGGGAAGAAAUUAUCAGCAAGAGCAAAUAUUUCGACGAAGAAGAAGCAAAGCGGAAGGCCGAUGCCGAGGCGGAAGCUGAUGCCGCGGCAGCUGCAGCCGCCGCAGCUAACCUUGGUGGUGGUGGAGGUGGUGGCGUCGGUGGUGGUGGCAAUAGCGCCGAUGGAGGCAGCAUGACGCUUAUGGCGGCCAGCGGCGAUAGUAGCACAGGAAGCAACACCAACGAUGGUACCAGCAGUGGAUUGGAUCAGGAGGAUCGUGAAGACGACGAAAGCUCGUCUCAGGACGACGACGUGUUCUACGAUAGCGAGGCCGGCGAGAAGGAGGAAGACUGCAAGCCCUGCCCUGUAGUGAAACCUACUUUCCUGUGCGGUAAUGACAACAGGACAUAUUCGUCCUUGUGCCGCCUGGAGUAUCACAACUGCAUUCACGCCAGUGAGGUUAAGGUGAAAUGCAAAGGGUUCUGUCCGUGCAAAGAUGGCAACCUGCUUCUGGAUCUGAAAAAACAACAACGGCUGACGGACCGGAUGAGUGCGUUCAAUGCCAAGUACCAGCGGACGAUCGACAGCAACGACAUCAACGCAGACAACCUCAUCCCACCGGGCAAGAAGGAGGAAAAAAACCGCCACUACAACCACAUCAACUCGCAGUACACUUUCACUCCCGAAGAGAUCAAGUACGACAACAAACACUACAAGUACAUUAAGUACACCACGUACAAGAGCAAGCAACCUUCGUUACAGACGUCUCGUCAGUCGGCAGCAGCAAGCCAGUACGAAGGGUACGGUUCGUCCAACGGUGGUUCGGCACACCUCGGUGAAGACAAGCAUAAAAUCCGAGGCUACAACGAGGUCCUCGACAAGCCGGUCAGCGGCAAUGGUAAUACCAACAACAAACCAUCGAAACAGUCCGGCGGCAUGGCACGGUACCCGAUGAAGUCGAGCGAGUGUAAGCCACAGCAACUGACGGCCAUCGGUAACCGGUUGCUCGAUUGGUUCUCCGUUAUCAUGGCGGAUAGCAAGAAGCGGCGGCAGCAUCAGCAGCAGAAGAACAAGAUCCAUUUCCCAGGGGCGUGCAAGCUCGAAGCGCGCUGGAUGUUUGGCCAUCUCGAUCUGAACAACGAUGGCGAGCUGUCCACGCAGGAACUGUAUGACCUCGAACACGACCAGAACGAACGAUGCAUCAAACCGUUCAUCGAUACAUGCGAUCUCGACCAGGACAACACGAUAGAUCCUCGUGAGUGGUGCCGCUGCUUCGAAAAAACUGAUCGCCCUUGUGCCGCUGUCCGGCGACGAUUGGGCAACGACUUGAGUGGCUCGUAUGCCCCAGACUGCGAUAGCCAAGGAUUCUACAAGCCAACACAAUGCCAUCAGGCCGUCGGUAUUUGCUGGUGUGUGGAUGAGCACGGCGUCGAGUUUGCCAACACGCGCACCCGAGGAAAACCAAACUGCGAAGAAAUCAUCAACAAUGCCACUACCCUCAAUUCGGACGACGAAGACACGGAAGAUUCCGACGAUGACGAUGACAGCCAAGAGGGAAGCGCCGACCGCCUAUUGGUAUUCUAAACACGCGGCAUGCAUAAUUGGCGUAAUUGUUUGUUUCUUCCAAAAAUUUAAUGUAACUUUAUUCUGUGAGGAAACAAUCCGUCUGUACGUUUGUGUUAGUGCGCAUCGUUUAUUGUAUUCGGACAUUAUUGAAACACUCGCGGCGGAGGUGGUCUACAGAAUGCUCCUCACGUAUUCCGCUGUAUAUUGUUUAGGUCAGACAGCAAAUGAUGAAUUAGACAAAUCAUCUCCCAUUUCCCGUCCUUGCCGUCCACCGAUGGUGGCGGUGGAGUUGUAUCAAUCAGAGGUUGAUUCGGAGUGUAAAAAAACUAAUUGGAAUGCUGUCCGUUGGCCGGCUGUCUAACGAUUUACGCAAAACAUUUUCGAAAUGUGUCGCUCCCGUCCUAAAUAACGUUGUAAUGUGAAAGGAGUAAGCUUAAAUAUCGGCUCAUAAGAACCAAGAGCUAUUGGAUCUAAAAUGUGUAACAGAUACGACAGAGUGAAACGCACGUGAUCCUCUUUAUGUUUGCAAUUUCGGCAGAUUUACGUGUCGCGUCGCGUCAUUGUUCACUGGCAUUUCAGAAUUGGAACUUCAAUUCAAGAACAUAAAUUACACCUAGCGAGCUGUUGGAACCGAGCGACCAGAAUUCAGAAUAAGCAACAUUAGACGACCGCAGCACGAUCUCCGCUUCCCGUAACUUGUUACGCCCAAACAUUUUAAACCGGAUGUAAGAGAGUCUACAAACGUCAGAUAACAGUCCUUUAAAUUUAGAUAUAAGGUAACAUAAUUUAUUUAGUGCUAUCCGUCUUUGCUGCUAAACUGCAAAUAGUGAGUGAGUGUUGCGAUAUGUUGAAUGGCAAUCAGGCAUGAUUAAGAUAAAAAAAACUGCACUAACUAACGGAGGAGUUGGUCUUAGUAGUAGCUCCCAUCAAGUCAUAAUGAAUAAAGCUACAAAACUGAUAGAGCCUGCGGAGAGAACUGGAGAAACCCAUAAAUUAUUGAUAGCAUUCGGAAAAAUCCAGAAGAUUAAAUGGCACGAUUCAUACUAAUUCUACUAGAAAAUUUUAACAUGAAUAAAUCCAUGAACAAACCCGAAAUCGUGGAGUAUGAUUUCUUAUAAAUGGUUUAUCGUACAGAAAAGGGCGUGUGGCUAAGUCAUUCCAAUUCGUUAAUUACAGUGAACGGUACAGUAAAGUUGCAUGAGUUUUCAAUGUCUUUAAACGCGAAGAAAUUAGCAAAUAGGUAAAAUGCUAGGCGGCAAUACAGUAAAACUAUGAGCAAGGGCAAGCGACACGAACAAUGAUGGAAUAGACGUAACGAACACUUGAGUAAGUGUGCCCACAUUCGCGGAUUUUUUACGUGACCAGUGAAGGUGAACAAAACCAUGUGACUACCAAUGCAAAGACUCAAACAAACAAAAAGUCAUUACCUUAACUGAAAGAAUUUUGUGAGCGACAAAUGUCCAUCCCACACUCGUACACGUGCUUUUGUGCAGAAACAGUAAAUUACACACGCCUGUGUCUCUCACUGAUACUUUAACUCUAAGUAGACACUGAAGAAUACCACAGACCACGCUCGCCAGCUGUCAACUUAGCCGUAAAGCAUAUGCGAUUCGUGUGUCCCUAUGUGAUGUAAUGGAUUUAGAAACCACAGAUAGUUACAAAACCAAAUAAAAUAAAAGUGCACUCUGCUUUUAACGUUCAUUAGAAUACAGACAAGCCACGUCAACCUACAAAACCAGAUGAACUCUGUUGUGUAACACUACUACUACUACUACUACUAAUACCGCAACUGCUAUCAAUAUUUUACCAAAGCCGCAAACUAAAAUCGACUAUGCCUCACCAUUAUCAAACUGAUCGACUGGUAGAGCAAAGCAUAACGUCAGCGCAAUAGACAGCACUUAAUUUGCCACCGUCACAACUAUUUCCGUAAAACCAAGAUACCAUUAUAUGUAGGAGCAAUCUGAUUGUUUGUCUCUGGAGAGCCAAAGGAGCAAACUGCACUGCUAGUGUAAUGCAACAGUUAUUGGGAACAUGAACAGCAUCAUUACGUUCAUUUCGCAAACAUCCAAUAUGAAAAGACAGUAUUUUAAAAUACCGAUACGGUACGAUUAUCUAGAAAAAUUGUAACAGUUGAAUGUAUCACAUUCAAAAACAAGAAAAACCGACGAAAACUGUAGAAAACUAUGAAACUUCAAUCGCAGCGGCUUCGUUUUAUUGCUAUUAUACAAAACGCUGAAGAAAAGCGGUUUGCAAUGUGAAGUCCUAUAUUUCUUCAUCAAUGAUACUUGACUUUUAAAAGGUAUUGAGUUUCGAUUUAACCAGGCAAAAAAAUAGUACCAAAAUUCACUUGCACUCUACACAUAUUUUCUACUGCAUUUCUACAUAAAACUCACCUACAAAGAAGACCAGCUUCAGCAUAAAUAAACUUGCUGUCUUACGAGGUAUUACUAGAAACGAAACUGAAAAACGGUGUGCUUCAUUUAGUAAGAAUACCUUUCAUACAUUUAUAAGGAACGUAAGCUAACGAAUGACGAAAGACAGCCGAACAGUUGAUGCAUCAGAUUGUCGAGACAAUGGCCAUAGUAAAGUGCUUUGUAGUACACAGUAAAUACUUUUGCAGAACAACUACUAUUGAAAGAGACACCGAAAGAGCAUUGGUAUGGAUGUCAUCAGCUCACGAAGGUACUAUGUUGCUUUAGAUACUGUAACGGGAAGAGAACUAAAAACCUCCACUGUAUUGCCGAAACCAGAAAAAGCAAGCACGCGGCCAUGCUGUAAAAUCAAAACAUUGAUGGUGAACUGAACAGCAGCUACAGUAGUGUGUGCAUAAAAAAUGUUCAUCAAUACAUCGUGUGACGGAUUGGA